GGGAAUUGUAUAAAUGGUAUGGUGAGUUUCUCAGCAGCUGUUCGGUGAAAGAAAAUAAAUAACAAAAGUUAUCCGGCUGUAAUUUUGGCUAUUGUAGAUUAUCACGUUAACGAAUUUGCACCUCAAGUUUCAAAAUGAAUGCUUUACGAAAUAUAUCUCUAAGACUCUGUUCAGUUCCACACAACCGAUCCUAUUGCGUGCAAGCACAGAAACCAACCGUUACAACGGAAACGGAUGGCGUUAGGCACAUUGUACUCAAUAAUCCCAAAACGAGGAACUCCCUUUCCAUGGACAUGAUGACACAAUUGGUUAAGGAUAUCAAACGGAAUCGAGAUGACGAACAAUUGAGAUGUAUAGUACUGUCGGCGAGUGAGGGAAAGGUCUUUUCGGCCGGUCACAAUUUGAAAGAAUUGACGAAAGAGAGUGGAACGGAUUUCCACAAGGCUGUGUUUGUUAAAUGUUCGGAAUUAAUGGUGGAAAUAGCAAAAAGUCCGGUGCCAGUGAUUGCGAAAGUGGAUGGACUUGCUGCUGCUGCUGGUUGCCAGUUAAUAGCCGCAUGUGAUUUGGUAGUCUGUUCCGAUAGAAGCUCAUUCUCGACACCUGGCGCAAGUUUUGGAAUAUUUUGUUCGACACCAGGCAUUCCGUUGGUCCGUAACAUUCCGCGAAAGAAGUCAGCAUAUAUGCUGUUCACCGGUCUUCCACUAUCAGCCCAGGAAGCUGUAACCGCUGGUCUCGUCAGUUCGUGUGUACCAGUCGAACAAUUGGAUGCCGAAACGGAGAAAAUCUGCAAUGCCAUCAAGACGAAAAGCCGUGCGGUAAUCGAAUUGGGUAAAAAGUUCUACUACGAACAGAUGUCAAUGGAUAUCAAUGUGGCCUACAAGUACGGCGAACAGGUUAUGGUAAACAACAUAGCUUUAGCGGAUGGUCAAGAGGGCAUACGUAGUUUCAUAGAAAAGCGAAAGCCAAAUUGGUCUCACAGCCGUGAGUGAGCCCGAUAAAUUGCGGAGUAGGAACGGAACCGAAUUGCAUUUAUGAAACGCUGUGCCACUUAUGUCUCCAUUCGUUUUUAUUUAAUCCAUGAAAUGUUAUAUAAUAAAGCAUGAAACUCUA